GUCAGCGUUUAGCUUCGGUAGAGUUCGGUCGAAAGUCUACCUGAAAAUCUUCUGUUUUCACCCUCAUUUGUGAACAAAAAACAACAUUGUUUUUGCAAAAAAAUCGUCAGGAAAUAUGGCAGGUGUUUUCAAGGUUCUGUGUCAAGUUUCACACAAACAGGGACGUCGGGUUGCUCAACAACCAUGGAUAAGUCACAUGACCAGGCGGAGUCUUGCAAGUUUUAAGGCGAGUGACUUACAAAUACAACUUUCCACCGAGCUCAAACAGAAACCCGAUCCCAAUAACCUGGUCUUUGGCAAGGAGUUUACGGAUCACAUGUUGGUGGUUGAUUGGACCAAAGAUGGCGGAUGGACGGCCCCGACGAUAAUCCCAUUUGGCAACUUGUCUAUUCAUCCUGCAUCAUCAUCGUUGCAUUAUGCCAUUGAGUUAUUUGAAGGCAUGAAAGCGUACCGCGGAGUGGACGAUACGAUACGACUUUUCCGACCCUACUCUAACAUGGAUAGAAUGUCAAUAUCAGCGGCCAGGUGUGCGUUACCCGCGUUUGAUAAAGAUGAGUUACUGAAAUGUAUGUCGGAGUUGAUUCGUGUCGACCGUGACUGGGUACCACACUCGACAACGAGCUCGCUGUAUAUACGACCGACGAUGAUAGGCACUGAGCCAUCUUUAGGGGUCAGUCCACCGACACAAGCUAAACUAUUUGUCAUCAUCGGUCCAGUGGGUCCCUACUUCUCAACAGGCACGUUCAACCCGGUCAGACUUUACGCAGACACGGAACACGUACGAGCGUGGAAAGGUGGAGUUGGGUACGCUAAACUCGGAAGUAAUUAUGGACCUACGAUAAUGCCACAAGUGAGUGCCAUCAAUAACAAGGGAUGUCAGCAGAUACUUUGGCUGUACGAAGAUGAACAUUACGUAACGGAGGUGGGCACCAUGAACAUCAUGAUGUACUGGAAGAACGAACAAGGAGAAGACGAAUUAGUCACCCCCGCAUUGGAUGGAACAAUUUUACCUGGAGUAACAAGAAAAAGUUUACUGGAACUUGCUCGGAAAUGGGGUGAAUUCAAAGUGUCAGAGAGACCGUUCACGAUGAAGGAUCUCGUCAAAGGCGUUAAAGAAAAUAGGAUAUAUGAGAUCUUUGGAGCUGGUACUGCGUGUGUAGUAUGUCCUGUUUCUAGCAUUUUAUACAAAGAUGAAGAUCUAGAGAUACCGACGAUGAAGAACGGAGCAAAGCUUGCCACCAGGUUUUACAACGAGCUAAAUGAUAUACAGUACGGUCGGGUACAGAACGACUGGAUGUAUAACGUGGAUUGAACACGAACUACAGGGAGUAACAUCGAUAAGGCUUGCUUAGCACCAUCCAACAAACUACCAGCCAAAAUGUACAGUGUGUGUGUGUGUGUGUUUGUUUGUAAAAAAUAGCUGGUAACUGCAAAAUCAUGCUUAGCAAGUUCACGCUAAGCAAUACUAUUUUUCCAUUUAGGAGAUAUACUUAGCGUGAAAAAACUUGCUAGCAUAUUUUUUCCCCUAUUUUAAAAAGUGUGUAGUCUGAAAUUUCAUAAGAGGGUUGUGAAACAUUGCUAAGCAAAAUUUAUGCUGGCUUCGCCCUCAGAAGUAUUUCAAAAUAUUUUAUUUUCUUCUCUCUCAAUAGACCGAUCCAUUAGGCUCCGUCCACGGCGCACGUGUGAG